GAAUUCCACGCAAAUAGUGACUCCACAACUUUAGUGAGAAAUGACCUCCCAUUUCCAGUAAAUGCUCGCUAUCUACGACUCUAUCCCACGGACUGUCAUGAUUACUGCAGUCUACGCUUUGAUGUCCUUGGCUGUGAAGUAACGCCAUUGUCCACAGCGAUGAUGUCAACAGCCACAAUGAGAACAACAGCAGGUGUGAAGAUAGCAACUGAAAUAUCCACAACUACAUCGACCGAUACAUGGUCAACCACCUGGACACAAGUUCCUACAACGACAUCGGAACAAAUGUCUACAACGACAUCGACACAAAAUUUAAUGUCUACAACGACAGUUUCAAGUACAAUCGUGUCUCCCUGUCCGUGUACAUGUAUCAAAAAACAUAACACCACCUUAACGGAAUCAGAACUCCUCGCCAGAUUAGCUGUUAUUGUGCAGAAUUUAACAAUUUCAAAGAAAACAACGUCUAUCUACAGAAGAAGUAAAAUUUCUGCGCAAGAUAACAGACCACAAGCAUUGUAUGUCGGAUCUGUAGGGAUAGCUAUUUUGUUCAUUGUGGUUAAUUUAAUUGUAUUACCAGACCUGCUUAAAUUAUUUCAUUAUUUGUAUGUUACACAUCGUAUUUUAUUGAACUUUGAGUUAAUUGUAACCAACUGUCGUACUAUUUUUAAUAUAGCCUAUGCAUGCAACGAUCAUUUAGUAGAGACGGUGACGGACGACAAACUGACGGUUUCCAGUAUCUUUGACAAGGAUUACCUGCCCCAAUACGCCAGGCUCUCCCACACGUUUGGUUGGAGUCCAAACGAAAAGGAGUCAAAUCCAUGGAUACAGAUGGGAGUCAUACACAUGAUUCCGAACCAGGAAAUUACAAGGAAGAAGAUCUAA